UCGUUCCUCCCUGUAACCCCUCGCCUCAUGCCGUCUAAGCCAUUCAAGAGGAACACUGCAGGAUUAUCCUCUGCAUGAGCUCCAGACACACUCCACAACCAAGACCGCAUUAGAAACAAGUGCUGAACUAGAACAUUAGAGGCCAGUAAUAUCACGACCGGACCUGUGUAAUCAUAUCUGGAUUAUUUUACUCUUAAAAGUUCCUUCCAUUGUUUGUGAAUGGGUUCUCCGGUGUUCUUGAGGAAGUCCUCUUUUCUGCAGACGUGUUCAGUCUUGCCUCCCAGCACCCAGCACCAUGUCUGGCUCUUACGAUGAAUCCGCUGUCACUGAUGAGGCCAUGGACAGCUUUUGGGAGGUGGGAAAUUAUAAGCGUGCUGUCAAGAGAAUUGACGACGGCCAUCGACUCUGCAAUGAUCUUAUGAACUGCCUUCAGGAGCGUGCCAAGCUCGAGAAGUCCUACAGCCAGCAGCUCACCGAAUGGUCCAAAAGAUGGAGGCAACUGAUCGAGAAAGGGCCUCAGUACGGCUCUGUGGAGCGGGCCUGGUUAGCCAUGAUGACAGAGGCCGAUAAGGUGAGUGAACUUCAUCAGGAGGUGAAGAACGGUCUGAUGAACGAGGACAUCGAGAAGGUGAAGAACUGGCAGAAAGACUCGUACCACAGACAGAUUAUUGGUGGCUUCAAGGAAACCAAAGAGGCAGAAGAGGGCUUCAAGAAAGCACAGAAACCCUGGGCGAAGAAACUCAAAGAGAUGGAGACGGCAAAGAAGACCUAUCACAUGGCAUGUAAAGAGGAGAAACUGGCUGCAGCCCGUGAGGCAGAUGCAUCUGUGACUCCUGACCAGCAGAAGAAACUCCACGAGAAGACAGAGAAAUGCAAACAGGACAUGCAGAAGGCGAAGGAGAAGUACGAGAAGUCUCUGGAUGAGUUGUCGAAGUGCACACCACAGUACAUGGAGUCCAUGGAGCUGGUGUUUGACCAAUGCCAGCAGCACGAGGUCAAACGACUGACCUUCCUCAAAGAGGUUCUCCUGGACAUCAAACGUCACCUAAACCUCACGGAGAACCAAAACUAUGCGUCAGUGUACCGUGAGUUUGAACGAACCAUUCUGGCUGCCAACACACAAGAGGAUCUCCAGUGGUUCAGUAAUAAUCACGGUCCUGGCAUGCAUAUGAACUGGCCCCAGUUUGAGGAAUAUAAUCCAGAAGCCACCAAUGCUGUUGCCAAGAGAGAAAAGAAGAAGCCAGAUGGAGUCGCUCCUGCUACUCCGAACACAGAGCAUGCAGGUCAACCAGGAGACCGCGGCAGUGUGAGCAGCUAUGAGAAGAACCAGGCGUACUCCACAGAAUGGUCAGAUGACGAGCAGCCCGCGGGGUACUCGGGGAACGAGACCAACGGCGGAGGGAACUCUUUCGAGGAAGACUCGAGCAGCAGAGGAGGAGUGCGGGUCCGAGCCCUCUACGACUACGAAGGCCAAGAGCAGGAUGAGCUAAGCUUCAAAGCAGGGGAUGAAUUAACAAAGAUCGAAGAGGAAGAUGACCAGGGCUGGUGCAGAGGCCGUCUGGACAGUGGCCGGACAGGCUUAUACCCGGCCAAUUAUGUUGAGGAAAUCUGAUCACCUGACUAGAGGACAAGACACCUUUGGAGGCAGCUCUGAUUGUCUGAUCGAACGACAUGGCAAAAGAGACUUAACAUGAAGGACUUUCCCUGAAGAUGUGCAAUGCAGUCUUGUUUAAAAUAAAAAUAGAAACAAAUUCUUAGUAAAGAUAGCCACACCGUAUAUAUUGAUCUGGGAGGCGGGGAAGAGCUUGCUCACUACUAAUAUCUAUUUGCAAAUAUUUAAAAAGCAUAUACAUGGGUGUAAACGAGCAGAUGUGAACAAAUAAAUGACCCAUCAGUUAUGCAAGUGCAGGCUACACAUUAUUGGUGCAGAUAACAUGUUAUUUGAAAUUAUAUUACAGACAUUAGCAUAAAAUCCAACUGCACAGAUAUUCACGUGGCUACUCUGCUGUAUUUUAGUAUAAAGAGUCAGUGUGCAGAAAAUGACUCACAAUGGGCUAUUGGGCUUUCCUCUUUCUCACCAUCAGUCCAUGCUUUGUUGCGCUGAUUAUUAUAUUAGGUAUCGUUCUCUUGAUGUCUUUGUCUGAAUGCAUAGCAGCAUGCGCUUCUUCAGGCCGUCUGUACUGUAUGCAGUUCCCACAGUGACCACAGAGGUCAACCUGGAAAAUCUCAGGCUACGUUCAGAACAAAAUACUACAUUAACAGUAGUAUUGAUACUGCAUACUGUUUUUAAAGAUAGUAUGUUAAACAGUAUGUAUUAUGUAUGUAUGCAGUAUGCGGUAGACCUUAGUCAGGGUCGUGCCAUAUUCAAUUUUUGACAGGAAUGAAAUUGAAACUAUGAGGGACUGACAGUCACAGUGUGUUCAGUGGAUUGUACUGCUUCUCCAGCUGAGGAAACAUCUUUAUGGAAAACAAAUGGUUUGAAAGUUGUGUCUUGUCAAAAAAAAAAAAAAAAAACACAUGAUCUAGGACCUUACACAGUGCGUGUCAUGGUAAAGACUGUAAAUCUCUCCCUCACAGCCUCUUUUCCAUCCGUGUGAAAUUGAACAUGGCUUCUAACCUCACUAAAAUCUAUUAUUGCAUGUACGUCGGAUCCAGGUAUCAUCACACAGUACAAUUGUCUUAAAAUUUGAUUGAAUAUUGUGUAAAAAUGUCUCAUUAUUGGAUGACACCAAAAUAUUAUUUUUUAAACAAGAAUAAUUUUUAUUCAUCGCACAUCGCACCAUGGGAUCUACACUAUGUAAAUACUGCAUAGUAUGUAAACGUGAUGUUCUGAACAUAUCCACAGCUGUCCAACUGGCCAAUCGUUGUCAUCCCAUGUUUGUCAAAGUCAUGUGUUGUUCUCAGUUUCUCCAAGAAGGUCUUGUAUAAGCAUCGUCUUUAUUUGGCAUCCCUUCAUUGUGACCUCUUCAUAUCAAAUCAAGGUUCUUCAGAUGGACACGAAUGUGUCCUAUGCAUGAUUUGGGCUACUUAUGCACAGCAGAUUGAACAGACUGUGAGUGAAUUUCACACCUGAUACACCGCAUGCAUCAAAAGUUCAAAAUGUUGUGGUAUUAAAAUGAUUCUCUGUUGUUUCAUGGCCUGUUAACUAACAUGCUAUGAUUUUGCAUCAAGACUAUAAGUUUUAAAACAUAAUAAUAAAAUCGUUUUAAUGCUAACUGAAAUAAAAGAAACACGGCACCAAACUAUGAUUUGCAGGUAAUAUACAGUACAGUGGGCCAGAAAGUAUUUGGACACUUUAAGGGAAAGUUCAGCCAAAAAUGAAAAUCUGGCAUCAUUUACUCAAUCUCAAGUUGUUCGAAACCAAUAUGAGUUUCUUUCUUCUGUUGAAUACAAAAGAAGAUAUUUUAAAGAAUGUUGGUAACCAAACAGAAGCUAGUAGUUAUUGACUUCCUUGAAAUUCAGUGGUUGCUGUCAGUUUUCAAAAUAUAUUCUUUAGUGCUCAACAGAAAAAAAAGAUGAAAUUUCAUUUCAUUUCAAUUUUAACUAUAUCCCUAUAAACCACUCAUUGGAUUGCAUUGAAUUACAAAAUAUCACACCACUUGACAGAAAGACAGCACAUGCACACUUAAAAAAAAAAAAAAAAAAAAAAAAAAAAACAGUUUUAGGUUUUAAAUGAAAAAUAGCUGAAAUCGUAUGGAGGAUUUAGAAAUGUUUACUGUCUAAGCUGUUUAUACAGAUUUAAGUGAGACUCCAAUUUUAUUAUUAGUCACCUGCAAGCUGAACUCUACGACCGUUAGAUACAAUUUUGAUAAUGCAAGAAGUUCUGCUCACGUGCCUGUUUUUCUUUCUUUUUUUCAGAUUGCAUUACUGAAAGCAUAAAAAUAAGUGGAGUUGUGCAUCAUUCAUGGAGUUUCAGUGUGGAACUGAAAAAAAUUAAUAAACAGGAUGUGACAUAAGUAACACAUUAAGAGGAAAGACCCCCCAGCAGCUUUGUGAUUUGUCUGAAACUGUUCAGUCUAGGAAAAAAAUAACUUGCAUUGAUAAAAUAUUCUGUAACGUACACAAAAAGAAUUACGGAUGGGUACACUCGUCAGGGUCUUAUUGGGGAGUAUCCUCUUUAUUAUAUUCAGUGUGUAUAAGUUGUGUUUCUCUAUAGAAAAUAAAAAUGUAGUGUUAUAAUUGUAAAUGUUGGGUAACAAAAGAUUAACACUUUGAAAAAAUAACACUGUAAUGCUCUAUAGGUACCAUAUUGUAUUAAUUUGAUUUUGGAUGCAAUUAAAUCAUUAUGUACCAUACCUGUAUAAAUGCGUGUGGGUCCACGCUGUCAUAUUUGUAUAUGAUGAUGUAAUUUAUUAAGAUUAUAUUCUUACUGUAACUGUAAAACUGUGUUGAGUAGAAACAAACACCUACAUUGAGACAGUAAAGAGCUGUGUAAUGUAAAUGC